AUGGAGAGUUCUGAGCAAUUAAUAAAGAGAGACGAGAUGAUAAAUCAAACGCAAAGUGACAAUCCUGAGUUUAAUGCACCAACUGGAAGCUUUAUAAAUGAUCAGAAAUGCGUCGAAGAAGCAAAAAAGCCACCUGAAAAAUCGAAAAAGCCCCCUGAAGAGUCGAAAAAGAUUCAAGCAGUAUCAAAAUCAUUUGUUUGUGUUUUGAUUGGUCCUAUAGGCCAUGGUAAAUCAACUUUAAUCAAUUACUUAGCGAAUUACUUAAGAGAUGGCACUCUAGAGAAUAGGAAAGUAGUCAUACCUACAGAUUAUUACAAAUUAGUAACAGAAAAUGGAUUUAAUCAUUCUGAAAGAAAUCCAGAACUCUAUUUGAGUCAAACUGAAAAUUGUUCAUCUUAUGAAUUUUUAAAUAGGAAAGACAACUGCAAGUAUAUUUUUAUAGAUACUCUAGGAUUAAGUGGUGCAAGCGGGCCACAUCAAGACAAUAGAAAUAUUCAGAAAAUUCUCAAUUUCUUGAAUAUGACAAAAAAAAUAAAUGCUAUUAUAAUAGUUCAAAAUGGGAACUACAGACUUGACCUGUGUUUUAAAAAUGCAUAUGAAAGAUUGAAAAAUUCUUUGCCUCUAUCAAUAAGUGAAAACAUCGCUCUUAUACUAACAAACUUAGCUGAAAGUGCUUCAAUUAAUGAAAAUUGUAUCCCGUUGAGUAUUAAAAAGUCUUAUAUGAUGGACAAUGUGGCUUUUAAUGUAAAACUAGAAGAUUUCUCUAAAAUGAGCAGAUUCAAAAAAAUUAUAUUGAAUUACAAAUGGGAAUUGUCAAUGGAAGUAAUUGAAGAGCUAAUAGAAGAUCUCUCGCAAUAUAGUGAAGCCUCCACAAGAGAUUAG